UGGAAAACCCGUCCUAAAUAUAGGCGCGGGAUUAUUUCUGACGCGCGGUGUCGCGAGCGCCGUCCGCGCCGUCCAAUACCAAUCCAAACACAUUACCGACACACCGUCUAAACUUCCAACGUUUAUUACACCAAUAUUUUAUAACGCUGAUUACGGGAUACUGAACUUUACUUAUAAUGUUCGUAACGUAAACUAAUUAUCAUAAAUGCUAUAAAUUCGGUAACGCGAUACGAUGGAGUGCAGUGUUGUGAAGUUUGAAGUGUUUAUUUUAAAAUGAUGUUGUGACAUAUUUGUAUAGAAACAUGUUUGUGGUUUGGUUUGUAUUAGUGCUGUCAUCGCAAUGUGUUUUAUCUCAAGAGGCAGAAGGACCCACCCUUGGAGGCAUAUUUUACGAAGACUCUCCUGACAUGAAAGUGGCCUUAGAAGUCGCCGCUAAACUAUUUAAUUUCAAAACUUCUGUAAAGGAAAUAUCUAAGCGAGGAGAGGUUCUGGAAGUUAGUCAAUAUGUCUGCGAGCUGGCUGAGGAAGGUGUGAUUGGUAUCAUAGAUGGGACUGGCGGUCGAGCUAUGGAGAACAUUCAGGCUUUGUGUGACAUGCUCGAGCUGCCUCACGUCAUCGUGAGCGAGCAUAACGACUUGUACAACCGAAACUGGUCCGCCCUGAACAUGUAUCCAAGCCCUUCUGUUUAUAAUCAGGUUUUACAAAAUUUGGUUAUACUGAAGGACUGGAGGGCGUUCACCAUACUUUACUUACGAGGAUACAGUCUAUUGCAUGUCAGUGACUUGCUACAGAUGGGCAACAAAACAUACCCCUACAUAGCCACGAUAAGAGAACUCAGUGGAAACGAUUACAGGGAAGUUUUAAUAGAUGCCAAACACAAUGGGUAUACAAACUUCGUGGUUGAUUGUCCGUCUCGUAACCUGGAAGAAGUUCUGCUUCACGCGCAGCAAGUCGGGAUGAUGGCAGACGAACACUCGUAUAUAUUCAUAUCACCCGACCUCUUUACUCUGGACAUGAGUCGGUUCAGGUACGGCGGCGUCAAUAUGACCGGAUUUCGUCUAGUAAAACUAGAAGAUGUAGAAAACAUAAGACUAUGGAACUUCACGUAUUUAUUUAACCAGGAAACGGGGAAGGCCUUAGAAGCUGAGGAACUAAAAACAAUUUUACUCCUCAUUUACGACGCUGUGGAGGUGUUCGCUGCUGCCAUCAAGAAAGUUAAUGUAGAGGCUCAACAGUUGAGCUGUGCCAACUAUGACGCCUGGAUUUAUGGAUCGUCUUUAAUGAAUUUUAUGAAGACCAAUAAAGUUGAAGGUCUGACAAGAACAUUGAUAUUUGACGGCGUAGGUCAAAGAACUGAUGUGACAUUUGAUGUUCUAGAAAUUACGUCGGCUGGAAAUCAAACAAUAGGAACUUGGAAGAAAAGCGAGUUAAUUUUGGACAGACCACUUGUAGCCGACGCAGAAAUAACACAAGAAUCGGCGCUUAGAAAUAAAACGCUAAAAGUAUUAAUAUCAACGACAGCACCAUACGGUUACCUCAAAGACUCACAUGAAAAGUUAGAAGGCAACGAUCGUUACGAAGGCUUCACCAUAGAUUUAAUUGACAGGCUGAGUGACUUGCUAGGAUUUAGUUACGAAUUCGCGGUCGAAAAUAACUAUGGUAGCAAGAAGGAGGGGAAAUGGAAUGGUAUGGCGUUGCAAUUGAUGGAAGAUAAAGCUGACCUAGCUAUAUGUGAUUUAACUAUGACUGCGGAGAGGCAAAGCGGAAUAGAUUUCUCAACGCCAUUCAUGACGCUCGGUAUUGGAAUCCUGUAUAAGGAGCCCAGUAAACAACCUCCAGAGAUGUUCUCGUUCAUGGCUGUAUUCUCAAAGGAGGUGUGGUAUUACAUGAUGCUGAUUCAACUGGCUUUAGGUGGGACUAUGAUCUUUGUGGGCAGGAUUUCGCACAAGGAAUGGCAAAACCCGGUACCUUGCAUAGAAUCACCAGAGGAAUUGAGCAACCAGUUCAGUUUCGCUAAUUCAGUCUGGCUUAUUAUUGGUUCCGUCAUGCAGCAGGGUUCUGAAAUCGCUCCAAUCGCCUUGGCUCCUCGUAUGAUCACCAGUGUGUGGUGGUUCUUCACUAUGGUGAUGGUAGCUUCCUACGUCGGUACCUUGGUGGCUUUCCUAACUGUCGAGAAAAACAUUCUGCCCUUCAAUACAGUCGAAGAACUUUAUAACCAUAAAUCUAUUUCGUAUGGCGCGAAGGAACAAGGAUCUACUAUCAAGUUUUUUCAGGAUUCAGAAAAUCCUAUUUAUCAAGAGAUGUAUAAGAAGAUGGUGGCACGUAAUUGGCUUGUCAAGGAUAACGAUAUAGGUGUUCAGAGGGCUGAAAACCAGCAGUAUGCAUUUUUCAUGGAAUCAACUUCAAUAGAAUAUUAUAAGGAAAGACAUUGUGACUUACUUCAAAUUGGAAUGUUGCUCGACUCCAAAAGUUAUGGAAUCGGAAUGAAGAAAAAAUCACCAUACAAAAGAUACAUAGACGAUGCAUUGCUGAAACUCAAGGAGAGUGGCGAAAUAGACAAAUUAAAAAAUAUUUGGUGGAAAGAGAAAAGAGGCGGAGGGAAGUGUGGGGAAAAACGUGAUGAAGAACAAAAGCAACUUGGUAUGAAAAACAUGUUGGGAGCUUUCGUGGUGCUCGGCGUCGGCUGCCUCAUAGGAUUGUUCAUAUCCAUCAUAGACAUGCUAUGGGGGGUCUUCAAGCGAUCCGUUAAAUAUAGCACAACAUUCAAAUACGAGCUAGUGGAAGAGUUGAAAUUCGCUUUGAAGUUCAGUGGCAAUAUCAAACCUGUGAAAAGGCCGCAGAAAGCUAAUAUCGAUAGCAGUUUCGAAUCUCUCGCAAAAGCUGAAGGGAAGGAUGAGAUUCGUUCACUACACUCCAUUCGUUCUGGCAAGUCCAUUGACACGCACAGGACACAUCACUCGCACAGUUCCCGACAUUCGUCACGAAGUCUCAGCGUCGCAUUUGCUAAAAGACGAUCUUAUAGCUGAGGAAAUAGGUAUCAUUUUACUUUAACAGCUACUGAAGCGAAAUAUUUAUUGAAUAAAAUUAAUUUUUGAUUAAGUUUAUGCAGAAAAAUAAUGUUGAAUUAUUAUUUUGUUUUGUUAUUGUUAUAUGAAUGUUGUCGUCUGUUUUGGAUAAGGUUAAUGUUGUUUUUAUUAAUUAAGCAGCAUUUUUUUCAUUAUGAAUUCUGUUCUGUUGUUAAGCAUACGCUUCUUUACGCUAUUCAAAA